AUGUGCGACCGGUCUGCUGCUGCUGGAGGUGUUCCGGACUUGGGAAUGGCGCGGGAGGGCGGAGCUUUUCUCCGCCCAGUGCGCUCUGCCGAGGCCCGCCGGGCUUCUCGGGCAUGGGCGCGUUGGUCCGCUGACCGUGCCGUGGCCAAGCGCGUGGAGGAGCUGCAGGCCGUCCGCGGGCAGCUGGCAGCGGCGGAAGCGGCCCUGGACUACAUCGUGGGGGAUGCGGAGAUGGCACAGCGUCUCCGCGCACUUCUGCCUGCCUUCGUGGCCACGCUCCACGGGAUGGAGCCCACCUGGCUGGAGAAGCUGCGGCGCAAUGUUGCGCUCCACGCCGAGGCCCUCGAGAUCGACGUGGCGUUAGCAGGCGCCCGCGAGCUUCGCCGAGCACAGCGUGGGCCUCGCCUCGAGGUACGGCGCGCGGGAGUCGGCCGCGCCCCCACCAGCCUCUCUGCUGAUGCGGCGGAAUUCGUCCCUGGCACCUGGGAGCUGCUGCCCGUGGGGCCCUCCGUCCACGUCGUGCAGGAAGACUCCGAGAUCCACGAGCUCUCGGACGCGGAGGCUUCGCAGUUUCCUGUGCUGGGGUCCCACCCCCCCAGUACGGACGGCUCUGAGGGUGGGGCUGCUGCGCAGUUUCCUGUGCUGGGGUCCCACCCCCCCAGUACGGACGGCUCUGAGGGUGGGGCUGCUGAGGCUGGGGUCAGCGCCACGGAUGCGGAUCUGGCGGUGGUCCAGCAGUUGCACGCCCAGACAGUCGGUGCCAUCAGCGCCAAGCGGAUAUCGAGGAGGCGCAAACUAUAUCCACAGCCGUUCAGGUGGAAGCUUGCCAGACUGGAGCGUGAAGGAUGGCCCGUGACUGUGGAGACGAAAGACCCCGCCAAGUGCAAGCUCAAGGUCGUUUUGCACCCUGGCGGCGCUACGACGUCGGCGACUACUCGUGCCAUGGCCAUGCGAAUGGUCGAUCUGGUCUCCACGCUGGCGAUUUUGCGAUGGUCUCGUGGAGGCAUGUACUUGGUUUCGAACAGGCUGGCGCUUUUCAUGGUGGCCCUGGUGGAUCCGAUGCGCUGGAGCUUUGCGGCGUGCCUGGUGGUCAUGAUGAGCUUCAGCUUCCUUCAGGUCGCGCGGAUCGUCUUGAUUAUCUUCAGCUUCCUGGGGGUCGCGCGGAUCAUUUUCAUUUUCAGCUUCCUGAGGGUUACGACCAUCUUCAGCCACGUGCGGAUCUUUCAGAGAAUCAUCAACUUCGCGCGGAUAUUCUUGAUCAGCUUCAGCUUCCUUGAGGGCCACGAUCACUUUGCGCUUCCUGGGGUUUUGCGGAUGAUAUUUGUUCCGUUCCAAGCCAAGGGCCUACCGUCUGGUAGGGGGCGGUCGAUACCGAGCCUCUUGAUGUAUCCGCUCGUGAAGCACAUGAGCAGCCUGCUCGUGAUGAUGGUGAGCAUCGUGGGUUUGCUUCGGUUCGCUUUCUCAAUGAAGGUGUCCAUGAUGAGCUUGGCCACGAGCGUUGUCCUGAUGACGGUGCGGAUCGUUCGCAUACUCGUCCACAUGUUCUUCGUGCUGCUGCGCAUCGUGCGCCUCAUCGUGUGCAUCCUCCUUGCGGCGGUGCGCAUCGCCAUAUCAAGGGCGGGGGAUCAGCGUGCCCUCGCCGAGCGCGCGGAGGCGCUCAGAGCCUACCUGCUCCGGGGCGGGCCGCCCCGCCGUUUCGGCGCGAGGACCGCGGAGGACCCAGCCACGGCCGCUGUACAGUACGGCGUGGCGGGCCGCGGCGAGGCGUCGGGGGGCUCGUUGGAAUUGCCGCCGGAGACGGACGAGGAGCUGUGCGCGGCAGACUCGGAGGACGAGGAGGGCUCGGAGGGCGCGCGGCCGCUGCCCGCAGGCGCGGCGCGCAGCCCCGCCGGGGGCGAGGGCGGGCACCUCGGCUCCGAGCUCGCCCAGGCUCCGAGGCGACGCGACCAGCACGGACCCGACGCCAGCCUGCGCGGGGCGCUGCGGCUGCUGCGGCGGGCGGCUGGCGAGGCCUUGGCGCGGCCGCGCGCGGCCGCGCCCGCCUGA